AUGCAUGAUGACAAAGCAGAGGAUAACAACAGUGUGAAGAAGGAACCAGAAGUGAUCCAGUACUCCAACAAAACAAAAGGAGGAGUGGACACAAUGAAGGAUCAGAUGGUCCACACCUUAUUUUUACCAAGACAAUUCAACAGAGUGAGGACUGUUUUGCUUCUGGGAGGUCUCCUCAUGGUUUUUUAUCUCUACAAAGAUUUUCUUGACUACAAAAUCCUCCAUGUAGAUGCCGGAAUGGAUGGCAGUCGAAUAUUACCGUUCAUCCAAAAUACCUCCUAUGUAUUUUCCUGGCCAAGUUGUGAAAAAAAUAUGUCUGUUGACAACAUCACAAAUUUCCACUUACUUCCUGAUCGCAUGCAGGACUAUUUUUAUUAUCAACACUGUCGACAUUUCCCAAUGCUACUGGACCUUCCUGACAAAUGUGGAGGAGCUGAUGGAUCCUCAGAAGUCUUCCUUCUUUUAGUCAUCAAAAGCUCCCCGGAGAAUCAUGACCGCAGAGAGACCCUGCGCAAGACCUGGGCAAACGAGAGUUUGCAAAACAGUGUGUGGAUCAGACGUAUCUUUAUCAUAGGAUCAAUGGGGUUGGACAUUGAGAAGAAAAGAGUAAACAAAGUUCUCAAGUUGGAGCAAAGUCAGCACAAUGACAUUCUUCAAUGGGACUUUAAGGACACUUUUUACAACCUCACCUUGAAGCAGAUACUCUUUCUGGAAUGGAUGGAAAGAAACUGUCCUAAGGCACGUUUCCUGUUAAAUGGUGAUGAUGAUGUCUUUGUGAACACAAACAAUGUGGUCAAGUAUCUCCAAAGCCUAGAGGACAAUGAUGGAAGCAAACACCUCUUUACCGGCUGUCUGAUAAGAGGUAUGCCACCCAUUAGAGAUUCAAGGAGCAAGUAUUUUGUUCCAGUCCAGUUGUAUGAGUUAGACUCAUACCUCCCUUACUGUAGUGGUGGGGGCUUCUUCUUAUCAGGUUACACGGCUUUGGUCAUAUACAAAAUGUCCAAGUCGAUUGCCCUUCUUCCCAUUGAUGAUGCCUACAUGGGAUUGUGCCUGGCCAAAGCAGGACUUAGUCCAGAUAUGCAUUUGGGUGUGAAGCCAUUCGGACUUCACAGUCUCUCCAGACGUGCAGAUAAAUAUGACCCUUGCUUUUAUAAAGAACUUCUACUUGUUCAUAAAUUCCUUUCAGCUCAAACAUAUCUUAUGUGGCACAGUAUAAAUGACCCCAAUCUGAAAUGCUUUGGCAAUGCCAAAUAG